AGGAAACCACAGGCAGCCACAUUGCUCUCUUGAGUCACCGAGUACUUUCAGACACGCUCUCACACUCAUCAGUCACACACACACACAUGCACACACUUCACAGCCUGGCAGCCCGCACAGACAGCACACUCCAGGAUGACAUUGUACUGACACACUGCAAGGAAAUCUCAUCAGCUUGUUAAAGAAUCAAUUGCAACCAUGCCCAUUCUGAAGAAACUCCCGGGAAGGUCUAAGAGCUGCCACGAGUUCCCCAGAGUAAAUGGAGAACUGAUCCUCCCCCGGCUGGACCUGGACCUAAAGGACUUGAAUGACCUGAAUGACCUGAAUGAUCUGAAGGAGCUGAAGGAGCUGAAGGACCUGAACAAGAGCCUGAACCCAUUUGAUGAUGUGGAUCUUGAUGAGGAUGAGAGGAAUGCAGGUGACAUGGGCCUCAUCAUGGGGGAGGUCAGGGGUACCCUCCAGCUCAGGUCCUCCCGUGAUGGUGAAGAGGAGGAAAAUGAGGUGAACGCAGAGAGGCAUGGGGCCGGGAAUCCUAAAGGGAAGCCGCUGAGGGGAACUCUGGAGCGGAUCUGUGGAUCGUCACCUCUAAAAACCCUCGGAAAACUUGGGAAGGGGCUUCGCAUAUCAGGACGAAAUGUAUGGGGGAAUAACUCUCCCCACUACAGUCCAGGAGACUCAAACACGCUUCCACAUGAGAAGGAGAAAAAGAAAGGACUACGCAGGGGCUCUGAAGGAAUUAUGACCUUACUACGGUUUACAGGUCGACGUAAAGAGGAGCGCAGAGAGAGCCUGCCCUGUGGAAACUUGAGCAUCGACAACGAGGUGGAGGCAUCAAGGCGGCCCUCCUUCCUCAGGAUGGUCAAUCUGGGCAAGCUGAAGAGGGAGUCAAUGUCAGAUAAGGCGUCCUCCCAGGAGACUGAAGAGGACACAAUGGAGGAGGAGCCAGUGGUGAAAACCAGAGAGCCCCUCUCAGUACUGGAGAUUCUGCAGCUGGUCAAUCACAGAGACCUUCUACUGGCUGACACACACAUUCAGGAGCUGGAGCGAGAGUGUGAGCUGCUGUCUCUCCUGCCAAAUACAUCUACUCCAAGCAUCACUCCUACCCUUUGUCCAAGCCCCUCUCCCGGCAUCAUUCCCUUAUCGUCCCUAUCCUUAGAAGAAUCCCUCAGCUCAAAUGCAACUCUGGAUUCAAGCAGACGCAAGGCCAAGGAUGUGGAGCUCCUGUAUGAGGCCCUGCAGAGGGAGAUGUGGGAUGUAGUGCGGGAAUCUCUCCGCCAACCAAGCGCUGGUCCCAACCUUGGGCUGGUGGUGCUGGUAAUCCAACAGGAGGAGCAUGCUGACGCUGCCUGGGCUCUGAGAGAGGAGACAAAACCAGAGCUAGAGGGGCCGCAGAUCCAGCCCAGCAAUCGUCCCAGGCGACUGAAGAUGAAGUGGAGGCAGGCUGUGGCGGAGGCUGCAGACUGGAGCUUACCCCAUCAGGUUGACACCCAGGCAGGCCAGCUGGCUUCGUACUUGGAGCGCCUGAGGAGUCGGAUGGUGGAUGACCUGGAUGCAGCAAGGAGGAAUGCUGUGUCCAUUUACCCAGAGGAGUUUGCUGCCUUCCAGGUGUAUGUGGAAAGUUACCAUCGAGCUGUAGGCAAACGUCUUCGGACCAUCACCAGUGGCCCGCUGCAGAUCACAGACGUCUACUCACUACUGGAUUGGUUCUACAACAUCUACAACAGGGAUGUCCUUGGAACCAUUAGCACAACAACACCCAUCAGUUACUCUUCAUUGGAGCCUAUUCUUCUACAAAACACGGUGGGGCGGCUGGAGCAAGACUGCAUCAGUAUUGUUCGGGAGAAGGUGACGGUGGAGCUGACUCAGCUUCUGGAUGAAGAAGAGAGGCGAUGGGCCCAAACUCUGCACAUAGAAGAGUUUCAGACCCAUUUGGCACGCUCAGUCAUCCAGAGAAUAAAGGUGGACUUGGACAGAUCUACAUCUGUGAACCAAUUUCUGGGAGCGAGAGUGGCUCGUUGCAGUCUCAUUGGGCUAGCAGAUUUUCUUUACAAUUUCCAGAGGAAGGCUGAGAUGUUUCAUGAGACUCAGGCAGAAUUUGGAGAUCGAGGGGACGGAUAUGUUUCCAGGACCAUCGCUCUUGUCAACUGUUGCCCUCCUCUUAGGUCCUUGGUAGAGCGCUGCAGGCAGUGUGACCCACAGGCCAGUGAGGAGUCGGCCCAGAGAGCUAACUCGUCCCUGGACAGGAUCAUCAACCAGUCAGUGCGGGUGCUGUGUGACCGGCUGUUUGAGCACAUCAGGCCCUUCUUUGACAAACUGAUCAAGAGAAAAUGGUUGAACAACACGGAGGCGUUUGAGGCCAUUGAAGCCAGCAUCAAACAGCACUUCAAGAAGUUCAGACGGAUGGACUGUCCACCGUAUCAGACUCUAGUGGGCGAGGUGCACCGCAGGGUCCUGGUGGAGUACGUCAGGGCCAUAAUGCGAGGACGGGUCAUCUGCACAUCUUCCAAGAUGAGGAAGAGGAUGGCAAUCCGCCUGCAAGAUGAGGCCAAACAGCUGAAAGGACUCUUUAAGGAUCUGGAAUCAAGUUCAUCCUGGCUGGACAGCGUCAUAAUCCACCUGGCUGACAUCAUCCUGCUGGAGGACACUCCUUCCAUCCAGAUGGAGGUGGCUGUGUUGGUGAAAGAGUUUCCAGAUAUUCGGAAGAAGCAUGUCUCCACCCUGCUCAACAUACGGGGCAUGAUGCGGCAGGCGGAGCGCCAAGAGAUCCUCAACAUCGUCAAAGACUUUGAGUGCCGCAGUGCCCUCAUGUGCCGGGACCACGCCCUCUUUUCUGACAUCCCCAUCACCUCGGAGGUUCACUGCAUCAGCUUGGGUCUUCUUCGCCUCGCAAUGACCAUCACCAACUGGUUCUCAGAGCAACGUCUUAGGAUUAACCGGAGGGCCAACGCCAGAAAUGCAGCACCUCAUCCUGCUGAGUGUCAGAAUAUGGAGGACAUGAAUAAACUGCACAGAGAAGACUAGCUGUGCUGUUCAGAGUGAAGAUACUGAUGAGAUGUACAUGCACCUUGAUCAAAGACUGAUUGUACCAAAUAUUGCUACCAGCCACUUAAAGAGACUUGACCUCAGGUACUGCACGUACUGUACACGCUCUCUGACUUACUGAUCCUUCUCCAUCUCCAGAUAUGCAUCUUUAACAGAAAUGUGAAACAGGCUGUGUGUUUUAAUAGCUCACCACAAGCUUUAGUAUGUUAAUGUUGAUCUUUAGAAGUAGACAAGUGGUGUAAAAUAAAUUGAUGGCAAACUGGCGAAGCUAGUGUCCAUAACUAGGACUCACAAGGUAAUCCCAGUCUUUGCUCUAUCAUUGCUCCUCUUACAUUCAUUUUCAGGAAUAUUUCAUGAAUAUGAAGAUAUCGUUUAAUUUUAUAUUCAUUUACCUGUGACUCACACUUUGAGGCCUGUAGAAAUGUGGCAAGAGGUAGUACAGAUGCAUAUACAACAAAGUUGGGAAUCUUAUCGAGCAUCUGCAAAAAUCUGAGUGCAAAUAGACAUUAAAAAGAGUUUUAAAAAACUAGUUCACAUGUGUCUGAUCAGACUCCUGGCUCUGCACACACUACGGUGGCAUAUGUGAAAUACAUUGAAGUGCAACCAAAAGCAACUAGAGCUGAAAUAAAUGUACUGAUCUCUGGGGAGCAUAAUGACCCCCACCCCACAUCUACAGAGUGACCAAAAGUUUCAGACUAGGCUGAAGUGGUAGAGGCAAAGCUUUGCCAGCAGUAGGAGCAGCAUUGUGUGUGGAGAAUUGGUGCAGCAGGGCUGAGUGAGAAGGAAGUUGAUUUAGAGGGACUGCCUUGUGGUGUGAAUGUGUUGGAAUUGGCGUGUUGCUUGGUAGAAAUGAUGAAUCCAUCAUCAGGCUGUUGGCUGAUUACAGUUGGGGCGUAUGACUUCUGUGUCCUGCGUGAACUAACACAAUGCUUAAUUUCUGUAUAAUGACAGAAAUAAAUGCGCUCUGCCGUCGAUUAACGAAGGCUGGUAUUGAUUUUGGGUUUUGCAUUAUCAAACAAGAGGAAGUCUGCAUCCUGGCUGUACUCAUUCAGAAAUUAGCAGCACAGUUCAGUGUAUCAGUUUGACCAGUAUAAUCAAAAAAUUGUUCAUCCAUCUUUCCUGGAACAAUCAGGGCCACUGACUAUAUAAUGAUAGAGACAGCACCUCCCUCUCCUCCCAUUGUAAGACAUGAAGCCAAAAUACCACCUGAUGGGUGCUAACAAAUUGUGCGGGUGCACAGAAGGGAUCAGGCUGUUCAAGCCAGGUCUGGUAUGGAGUCACACCAAUCAAAAAACACAUUUAACUUACUGAUAAGAUGACAUAGAUCCAUCAGGUGAAUAGAUUCUUGAGUUGGUUUGAAGCAGACACUUAUGGCUUUGGAAAGUUCAAUAACACUUGAGUUUUUGUUUGUUAUUAUUUCUCUUGCUGUUCCUCCUCUAGUCUGAUAAUCCAGUUGAGAAUGCUGCAGGAGCCUCAUUGUUCAACAGAGCUGUCAAUCAUGGUGUCAUCUCCCCUUUUUUAACAUCAAAUAACUAAAUAAAACUAAUCCUUUACAAAAAUGAGCGCUUACACAUAAAUCAGUAUAAUAAAAAACAACUCUCUUGACAGAAACCAUUUGUUUAUUUUAUUUUUUUAAACCCAUGUUGUAUCUGUUAUAAUGGAGGAGGUGGGCUCUAAGGCUGCAGUAUAUUUGUUUAUAGUCCAAUAAGCCACUUGAAGGGUGAGGAUUGAGUUUGUGUUCAGAAAUGAUAUUUAAAAGCAGGUUUUAGCUGCACUGGCAUUACAGAUGUAUUAUAAAGUCUACUUCCCAUGCCUGCUGAUGGCUUCAUGGAUCGCAUUACAAUUAAUGUGUUCACCUAUCUGUUUUCCUGCACCCAACAAAUGCCUGCUAGAACACCUUGGAUAAAGAAAAUAAUUAUACUGAUGGAAAUCAUAUCCUGGCAUUAAAAUCUCAUCCUUAUGCAGGAUCUGCGAUUAUUAGAGAGUUGUAGUCGCCCAUAGUGUUGUGCCUCCAGCUAUCAACCGUCAUGCUGCCCUCUGUUUCUGUAAUUCAUCUCAUCUUACAUGUUUCUCCAGUCCCCUCCAAAGCAAUGGUAUCUACCAAAUGUAACUUUUCUUUCUCUCCAGCCCUUUCCUCCUCAUCAUCUUUGCAGAAAUCAAUUUCCACAGACAGUUCAAUAUGAUUUAAGAAGUAUUUCUUUUUAAACUGUAUUUACCCAACCAUAUAAACCCAUUCUCUGGUAUAUAGUCCAUAUGUAUGUAGGGAUAUACUGUUUGGAAAUGUAAAUGUGUUGAACUCUUACUGUGAAUGAAAUGGAUCUGUUGCUGGAAACGUAAUAAAAGCCCAUUGACUGGGUCGACUAAAGAGA